UUUCGAGGUCCUGGAAGAUGUUCUGGAAGAAGGAAUUAAAAAAAUUACUAUAGUUGUUUUUUAGAUGAAAAUAGUUAUUACUACAGUCAUUUAAUAGAAUGGAAAAAAGAAAGAGAUAAUGCUAUAACUUUUUUUGAGAAUUUGUUCGAGGAAUAUCAAGGGUUAUACGGUACUGUACAAGAAGAAACAGCACCACCUCCGCCCCCGAAAUCAAAAAAAGGUUUUGCCGGAAUAGUCGGUGGUCUUCUUGCAAAGAAAAGGAAGCGUGCUCAUUCUUCGACGAGUUCAAGUGGUACAACAGUAAGCUCGCACAACGAAAUUGCUAUGUACCAUGGUUUGCCAUGCGAUUACGACGACGACGACGUGGAUUUUGAUGUGCUCGGAUGGUGGAAGCGGAACGAACACAUGUUCCCAUGUCUCGGCAUGCUAGCAAGACAAGUUUUAUCCGUUCCGGUAUCAACCGUAGCAGUUGAACGAGAAUUCAGUGCUGGCGGCAACAUUCUAACCGACUUUCGAAGUUGUCUUAGCGCUGAAUCUCUGGUUUGCAACCAAGAUUGGCUCUUGGCAAGACGUCGAGCUCAAGAGUCAUCAUACCUACUCGAAUCGGAGCAUUACAUGAAUGCAACAACAGAUGGAAGUCCGAGUUCUGAAGAAUAAGUUAUAAUUUUUUUAUGUUAAUGUAGAUAUGUAAUUAGUUUUUUUAGGUGAGCGAUAUAUAAGCUCCUUCGAGGGAGAGGGACGUUGAAUGGUGUGAGUGACAAAGUCACGCAGUCGCGAAGGAGGACGACGUUCUCUUUCACUUCGGCGCAAAGUGUCUUGGGUUGGAAGGGUUUGGUUAUCAAGGGCAGAAGAAGGUUGGACUGGGUCAUUG